UCCUCCUACGGACGCUUAGCUGUUCCGCGGCUCCCCUCGGCUUGGGGUUUUGCAACUGGCAGCUGGCUUUUCUUCCCCUCCCCUGUUCGCUCUCUCCUUCUUUUAGGUCGCUCCACCCCGCCGGGGAUCAGGCGAGGGGAACCGGCGUGGCCGCGGCCGCCAACUCGCGCCGAGCGCGUCUGCGAACUCCCGGAGUGGAGUCCCGCGUGCCGCCUCCUCCCUGCGGGGCCGCAGUCCUCGCUCCCCCGGGCCCCGCGUCCUUCCCCCCGCAACCCUUCCCCACUUUUCCCCCCUUUUGCAAUCACAUGGCAUUUUAAGAAUGCCGGAAAGAUGGCGGUAGCGGCGGCGGCGGCGGCGGCGGCUGGGCCGGCUGGCGGGGGAGGCGGCCGGGCGCAGCGGAGCGGGCUGCUGGAAGUUUUGGUGCGGGAUCGCUGGCACAAAGUUCUGGUGAACUUGAGCGAGGACGCCCUGGUGCUGAGCUGCGAGGAGGGCGCUGCGGCGUACAACGGCAUCGGGACCGCCACCAAUGGCUCAUUCUGCAGGGGCGCCGGGGCCGGGCACCCGGGCGCGGGCGGCGCGCAGCCCCCGGACUCGCCAGCCGGGGUCCGCACCGCCUUCACCGACCUGCCCGAGCAGGUGCCCGAGUCCAUCUCGAACCAGAAGCGCGGCGUGAAGGUGCUGAAGCAGGAGCUGGGCGGGCUGGGCAUCAGCAUCAAGGGGGGCAAGGAGAACAAGAUGCCCAUCCUCAUCAGCAAGAUCUUCAAGGGGCUGGCGGCGGACCAGACCCAGGCCCUGUACGUGGGGGACGCCAUCCUGUCCGUGAACGGAGCCGACCUGCGGGACGCCACCCACGACGAGGCGGUGCAGGCGCUGAAGCGCGCUGGCAAGGAAGUGCUGCUGGAAGUGAAGUACAUGCGAGAAGCCACGCCCUAUGUGAAGAAAGGAUCCCCAGUGUCCGAGAUCGGGUGGGAAACGCCGCCGCCUGAAUCCCCUCGGUUAGGGGGAAGCUCAUCAGACCCUCUGUCAUCGCAGUCCUUCUCCUUCCAUAGAGACCGGAAAAGCAUCCCCCUCAAAAUGUGCUACGUCACUCGGAGUCUGGCCUUGGCGGACCCCGAGAACAGGCAGCUUGAAAUCCACUCUCCAGACACGAAGCACACGGUCGUCCUAAGGAGCAAGGACUCAGCCACUGCUCAGGCCUGGUUCAGUGCCCUCCAUUCCAAUGUGAAUGACCUGCUGACCAGAGUGAUUGCCGAGGUCAGAGAGCAGCUGGGGAAAACAGGCAUUGCUGGGAGCCGAGAGAUCAGGCACCUUGGCUGGCUUGCAGAAAAGGUGCCAGGGGAGAGCGAGAAACAGUGGAAACCAGCCCUGGUUGUACUCACGGAGAAAGACCUUUUAAUCUAUGACAGCAUGCCACGGAGGAAGGAAGCCUGGUUCAGCCCAGUUCACACAUACCCUCUUCUUGCCACCAGGCUGGUCCAUUCAGGUCCAGGAAAGGGUUCACCCCAGGCUGGUGUGGAUCUGUCCUUUGCAACACGAACUGGUACCAGGCAAGGGAUUGAAACACAUCUCUUCAGGGCAGAGACCAGCAGGGACCUCUCCCAUUGGACAAGGAGCGUAGUUCAGGGCUGCCACAAUGCUGCUGAACUCAUUACCGAAAUCACCACCGCUUGCACCUAUAAAAACCAGGAGUGCCGUCUGACCAUACAUUACGAGAAUGGAUUUUCUAUUACCACUGAACCACAGGAGGGUGCCUUUCCCAAGACAAUCCUACAGUCCCCUUAUGAAAAGCUCAAAAUGUCUUCAGAUGAUGGAAUCAGAAUGCUGUAUUUAGAUUUUGGAGGCAAAGAUGGAGAGAUCCAACUGGACCUUCAUUCCUGCCCCAAGCCAAUUGUUUUCAUCAUUCAUUCCUUCCUGUCAGCUAAGAUUACAAGACUGGGCUUGGUGGCCUGAAGAGAGGGGCGACUUGCCUUUGAGAAAAGGAGGGCUGCAAUGCCACCAGAGUAUGUGACGUCGGACACCAUCUAUAGUGAGCAGCGUGCCAGAUGUAGCAUGCGACAGUCAGCUUUAGAUCUCAGGAGUUAUGUGUAACUGUCCCAGACUUCUCUGUCCGUUUCAGCAACUACAAGGGGGGUAUCCUAAGAAAGCACCCUGAGGAAUAUCAGAAUAAGGAUUUUUAGAACAGUACAAGGUUAAAGAGGUGAGGGCGAUUGGAAAUACACAGCAUAGCUUUUAAAUAAUGACAACCAAGGACAUGACCAUUAGAACAGCAUGUGCAGAUCUUAAUCAUACCAGUUUCCAGGGAACUGGCUCACCCAGGUAAGCAAGGGCUGAAUAGAUGAGAAAUGGACAUUGUCACCUCUUUCCCCAGCCUCCUACCCCCAGUAACAAUGAUCUCUUGUUUCAUUGUGGUUUAUUUUCUGAUUCUAGUUGAGUUAACUUUCACUGGUAGGAAAAGAAAAAUACUUCAAAUAGAAACCAACCUUUCCUUUAAGUAUGAAGUAGUUGUUACUUUUUUUUUAAACGAAUUAUCUUUCAAUGGUGUAGAAUGAUUCCCAAGUAUUCUCAUUAGCAUAUGCUGAGCAGGAAUUAAAUAAAGCAUCAGAUACUGACUGGUCUGAGCUGUAAGCUAGUGGAAUCUGAGCCAAAGUUGAAUAUUUAAAUUGAUAAGUUUUGCUAAGGAGUUGUAUCCACAAAAGAUGAUUGAUUCUGGGACUGCACUCACGUCAAGGUCUGCUGUCUUAUAGCCAAGAUUGAUAGCUUUAUUUACAGAGAGCAAAUUAUGGGUAUUUUUUUUUAGAAAAGAUUGUCAUCUGAUUCAUAUAUAUAAAACUCACAUGUUUAGGGUUAACUAAUUAUCCCUAUUUCAUGGUUUUAAGUAGCAAUCCUGAGCAGUUUAUUGACCCUUGUUUCUGCCUGUGCUUGUAUGCAUGCAUUUUCACGCAAGUAAUAGAGCAGCCUAGUUUAAUUCUGGAUAAUGCUGGGUUUUACAUAUAGGCCCAGUAUUUUAAUCAAAUCUGCUUAUAAUAUCUGCAGCUCUCUCAAAAUUCCAGGGAAAUAAUAUAAUGACUUGAUAUUUUUCUACAAGAAUAUUUUCAGACUGCAUAUAGCCCAUUGCUGAUUUAAUGCUUCUACUUUUAUCUUUCAAAACUAAUUCACUAAAAAUAACACCUAUUAUUUGCAGUCACUUUUGUCGAAACUUGAAAAUUAGCUCUAGAAUUUCUGUAAGCAUUUCUAGCACUUACUUUUUCCUCUGUAGUUUACAUAGACAAACUUUCUGUGUUAGACCUGUGUAUUUUUUUAAGAAUCUUAUUUUUAGCAAAUACCCAUGCAAAGAGCUUUAAAAAGUGAAACUGUUUUAAAGGAACAUGACUUUGCUCACUCAGACAUAGUGUUUACUGAGUUGCAAAGUUUUAUUUUAAAUCAGCAUUUCCCCAAAGUAUGAAUCAUAUGACACUAGUUCCAUGAGACAUUGAUGGCGUGGUGUUUUGGAAGGUGGGGAUAGGGGGUUGGUAACAAACUUUGUUUAAUACUAAGUUUAAAAAAUGUUAAACAGAUUUUAUGAUUGCCAGCCUCCUCAAAGACUUUAACCUGGUGAGCCAUUCCUCACCCUUACCUACAGAACUCCUUUCUAAUGGAACAUCUUGUAAAGCUAGUGCUUUUUAAGCAAAUGCCUUAGAAAACACAGCUUUAGGAUAUUGAUUUUGGUUUGUUUGUUUCCUAUUAUAAAACGCUGAAGAGUAAAGUCCCAGCUUGAAUACUGUAGGAAAGCUUUGAUGCAUUUGUAAAUUAUAUUGCACUCUUUCACUAUAUAUUUUCAAAAAUCACUGGAAUGUUGUUAUACAAAAGAAUUAUACUUGUGUAUUGUAAAUAACAUGUUAAAUACAUAUAUUAAUGCUAAUAGUUUAAUUCAACAAUAUGUAAUCUAAGGUGCUCGGUACUACAUGAAGUAUGAGUCAACUACUCAUAAAUAAGUUGCAAAAAUCCUAUUAUAUAUUUAUAGACAAAUUAAAAUGAUCAUAAUUACAAAUAUUUCUUCAUCACUUAAGUUUUGGACUGAUUAAUAUUUGUGUGGGGGGUCAAUAGAAACUACAUUCUCUACAUUUAUAAAAAUUUAAUUUAAAUAUUUAUAUUUCAGGAAAAAUAUAUUUGAAUAAAAUUAAUGCCUUUUCUGAAGUAAAUUAAAAUGUGUUAUUAGCAAGAAAUAGUAAAUUUUACUAAGAGAAUUGUGUAUAUGAAUCUUUUUUUUCCCUCCAGGUUAGAAGUAUGUCAUAAUAGAGUGGCUCUGAUGAAUCCAUUUCAAAUACUCAUUUUUUUUUCUCAUUUUGAAUUCAACAAGUUACAGUGGCUUUAUACUAUAAAUUUGAAUCUUGUCUUGAUGUGUGUUAGGGUGUAUGACACAAACUUGCAAGUCUGGAUCAUGCCUGAGUAUAGUCAGUGAGUCAACUGAGUCAUUUGGGGGCAUUUGUUUUUGUCCAUUGAGCUCUGUGCUCAAUCCCAUGAAUUACUAAAUCUACAGUGUUUGUCCCUAAGUGAAAACCAAGACAAGUGAACAAUGUUUUGAUCUGUACUUUAUGGGAAGCUGCCUAUUUGUCAGUGGAUGUGGUUAAGUGAGUCCUUUGGUAUGGUGACAACUUUUUAAACCAUUUCUUAGGGAUUAGGAGGCCAUCUCUUAAGGCCAAUAGGGAUGUAGAUAUCAAUUUUUCUCUGACUUGAACUAAGUAGGGGAAACAAAACUAUAAACCUAUUACAAACUACCCAGGCAGAGGCAUUUAAUGAAUUCUAUCAGUUGAUAGAACUGAAAUCCUGAAAACACAUGCCCCUUUGUCCAAAAGCUUGUUGACCUUGCUUGGUUAAAGCAAGAAAAGAGUGGUCUUAAUGGUUACAAGGAUUCUCCUAAAAUUAAUGGGCAGGGUUUCUGGCCCCUGUUUUACAAAUAAAAGAUAUUCCAUCUUGAGGGGACUGGAGUAGGCUGGGAUAAGGGGAUAAUUUUUGGAUGUACCUUGAGGUUUUUAAAAAUGUGCCUAUGUUUAUAGCACCAUGAAUAUCAUGUAAAAAUUACAUAUGAAUUAAAUAAAUAUUCACCUGUGAUUUCCA